AUGGUAUCCUUUGAUGUCGUUUCGCUCUUCACCUCCAUUCCACAGCAACUAGCGAUAGACUACUGGCAGAGCGCUAUGGCGGAGGGAGACAUGCCCCUGAAGUCUGAACAUCUGCUUGAGCUUCUGAGACAGUGCCUUAUGACCUGUUUCACCUUUGGUGGACAAAUGCACGAACAAAUAAACGACACUUCCAUUGGCUCCCCUCCAUCAGGCCAAAUCGCUGGAGUGGUUCUUCAACGGAUAGAACUCUUAGUGUUCGCCAGGUAUCAACCAAGGUUCUGGACUCCCUGUGCCGAUGGCACCUUCGUCGUUGUCAAAGCAACUGACAUUGAGCCCCUGAAGGAACUACUGAACUCGGUUUACCCGGAUAUCUAA